ACGGGAAACGAAACGAUGCGAACCGGCACCGCUGAUAGGACGUCGGCUGGACGCGAUCAUGACCACCACUACCAGCAGCCGCAGCAUGACGGCAAUGACUUCGAUAGGAUUCCGCCAAUCGUUGAUGAACCACCGCCACCACCCGGUUCAGUCGAUUCGCGACGGUCGAAGAGUGCGAACAUCGUCAUUACGACGGAAAGCAGUCCUCUAAACGUGCCGGUGGCAACCGAUGGUGAUUGUCUGAUUAUAAGUCCAUCUUCGUCCGUGCUGACCGAAAGCUGUUGCCUGCUGCGGAGGCCGAACACCAUGAAAAGCAAACUAUCCGGCGUGCGGGACUCACUCCAGGGUCGUAGUCUACUGGUGGACCUCCUGGCGAUAUUGUUCGGCGUUGGUGCGUGGAUCGGAGUGAACUCGAAUUUCGUGCAGUUGCCGCUGCUGGUGGUGAACGCACCGGAAGGAUGGAACCUUCCGUCGUAUUUGGUGAUCAUCACCCAGCUGGGGAACCUCGGUCCCUUGAUCUACACGGGACUGCAGAAAGUGCGGGCGUUCAAGGAUUCGUACAUGAUCUACGCAGUUUUAGUCGUUGGUACCGUGGGUGCCAUUUGUAUGGCGUUCUUGUACGAAGUGACGGCGCACGUGUUUGGCGCCGAGCGGUCUGUGGCGAUGUUUGUGUGCGUCUUCGCGUUGGCACUGGUCGGCUGUACUAGUUCGGUACUGUUCAUGCCCUACAUGGGACGAUUCCGUGCCAUCUACCUGAUCACCUAUCUGAUCGGAGAAGGACUGAGUGGAUUCCUCCCGAGCAUCGUUGCGUUGAUCCAGGGCGUAGGAGGAAACGCCGAAUGCAUAGCGAAUAACUCCACCGAUCCCGAUGCGCCGGAUUUCAUCAGCUACACGCCACCACCACGCUUCGGUUCGAUGGAGUACUUCAUCUUUGUGUUUGUGAUUUUAAUAAUCAGUACGAUUGCUUUUACGAUUCUCGAUAACCAUCCGCGGUGUCGCAAGGAGUACGCUGCCGUAGUCAUCAAUCACGGCAAUGAUUACACCUACGAAACCGGCCAAGCGUCGUCGUCGUCGGCGUCGUCAACCGACAAAUCCAGCGUCAAGCUCGAACAAAACAAAAUACUCUCGAAUCGCAACUAUACCUAUCUCAUGAUUCUGCUCGGAGUGCUGUGCAUGUUCGGGAACGGAAUCUUUCCAAGUGUCCAGUCGUACUCGUGUCUGCCGUACGGCAAUGUGGCGUACCAUCUAACGGUGACGCUGAGCACGAUGGCCAAUCCGGCGGCGUGCUUCCUGGCGGUGUUUCUCCCGCAUACGUCGAUACGGGCCAUCACGUCGAUAUCGCUGCUGGCGGCGCUGUUUGCGGUGUACACUCUGAUGACGGCGUUCAUGAGUCCGGCGCCGCCGCUGGUGGGGCGGACCAUCGGGGACGUGCUGGUGAUCACCACCUGGACCAUCCUGGUGGGCCUGGUCAGCUACGUGCGCCUCUCGAUCACCACCGUCUUCCGGUACCAGGGCGGCAAAUCGCUGGUUUGGGUAGGUGCCGUCACUCAGAUCGGAUCGCUGCUCGGUUCGGUCCUGUCGUUUUCGAUGGUCAACUUCACCGACCUCUUUCAGCAGUACUACCCGUGCUGAUGCCCUUAGGUGCCUAAGUAAGUUAGCCUUAGUUGACUAGUUAAGUAUUUAGUAAACAGACAGAGUUUUGUAUGUUUGACUGCUGUAGCAUUAGUUGAGAGUGGACCGGUUUUUAAUAAUACAAAAAGAUUAGAUUUUAAGCUUAA